GUCCUCAGGUGCGUGGUGGCUAUUCCUUUGGGCUUUGAGGCAGACAGUGCAUCUAUGAUUGGGUGUGUGCUUAUUGGGAAGGGAGGGCGAGGCGCGGCGUGUGCGUUGUCCUGGCAACAGUGGUCCAGGGAAAGCGGCUGCAUCACGUGCAGGCAGGCCGGCACCUGCCAAAGCUUCCGCGGUUAAGGGGUCCAGGGCGCAGAUUGCAUCCUUCAGCGCGUCGGGCCUCCCCCUUGUUGUCCAAGCUGGUGCGGCCGGCUCUGGAGGAGGUGGGGCGGUGCCCCUGCUGCAGCUACUGCCGUCGCCACCGCCGCCACCCUCUGGACUGUUCCUGCUCUGGCCCGAGGUAAAGAGAGCCGCCGCCGCUGUCUCAGCUGCGCAGAAUUACUCUGGGGGCCGGAGGCUGCUUUGGCAGCAGAGGCUCCUCUCGAGGGGAGGGAACAAGGUGUCGGAAUGAAACGCUACGCGCUAAUGGGUUGCUAACUUCUUUAGAAUUCUGGACCAAAUCUGUGCGCGAGGGUGUAGAGGGAGAUGAUGACGAGGAAGGAAAGGAGCAGAAGCUGUGAUCAGUGACGCUUCAGGCCUGGGGGUCCGACGAGGAAGAGCAUCAUCUGUGUGAGCAGUGCCGACGGCCAGCCCAUCUGAUAAUUCCCUUGAUGAAUUGUGUUGAGUUAAAGAAUCAUGGAGUUGGAGGCCAUCUUCAAGAUCUUCUAGCAUAAACUUCUUCCUAAGAAAAGAAUCAAUUUUCCAAUAACCCUGAUAGGACCCUGAACAGGUCCAAUGAUGGUGAACUCAUUCUCUCAAAAGUUAUUUGGGGCCAAAGUUGUAUGUUAAACACCAUUAAAGGAAAUCAGCUACUGUGUACUAUCCCAAGGUCAAGAAUAAGAAGACAACAAUCAAUUUGUCCAUGUGGCACAAAAUGAUUAUGGAUUCAGGUGUACGUUUUGUAUUGUUGCUGCUGGGGGCCAUUGCAGGUUCCCUCUGUGAGCAGUGCAGGGAUGGAAGGACCUUCUCAAACGCAGUCAUUUCCCCAAACCUGGAAUCCAUCAAAAUUCUGCGCGUGCCUCAAGCCGGUUCCAUGGCCGCCUGCACCGUCGCCUGCUGUGACUUCCCCAGCUGUGACCUGGCUUGGUGGUUUGAGCAUCGGUGCUAUGUAGUGAACUGCCAGCACCAGGGCAGCUGCGAGCCCAAGACCAUCGACCCCGUCCAGUCCUACCUCACUUUUGUGCUGCGGCCAGCCCGGAGGCCACCCCCCCUGCUAGGAUACGCACAGAGGAUGCCCAGCAGGCUUCAUCCGUCCCAGGAGGCCAGCAGGCCUAGAGACUUGCCCUUCUGGGGGAAGGGCCGCGGCUUAGAGGAGCUGCCUGAGUACGGGGACGAUUACAGGGAGACCGAGCAGGACUUCUUCCAGGCCAGCGGCAAGCAGGUGCCAAAGGGCGCUGCCGACUACACCGACUGGGGCCUGCUGCCAAGCGCCGAAGGGCCUUUCAACUCCUCCGGGGGAAAUGGCCGUUCUCUGGGAGAGGAAAGAAAUGGAAAUGCCAGGCUAGAGUACCCUGCCAGGGGGAAUGCAUCAGAGUGGGCCACUGUCCUGGAUCAUUUUCCCGAGGGGAGAUUAUCCCCGACCUUGGAGAACAUCCCGCUGCCUGGAAAGACACGUGAAAAGGAGGAAGCCUUUCAGCCUCCUGGGCAGACUGGCAACCGCUCUGGAGAAGAGGUUCUAAUGCCUUCCCAUAAUCCUCCUUCAGCCAACCUGGAGUUCAGUCCAACCAGCAUGGAGAAAAGCCCCAAUCUAACAGUAACCCAGCGGAGCUCAGAUCGUGACACUGAAGUAUUUCCCACUGACAUUGGCCCCUCUCAGUCCAUCCUAACUGAGCAACCCACACCUCCUCCCACUGCUCCAAAGACAGUCAAAGAACUCAUGGUAUUUGCUGGAGGCAAUUUACUGGUCACUUUACCCCAAGAUGACAUUGAACUGAAGGCCUUUGUUGUACCAGCAUCUCCUUCAGAAACAAGUUAUAACUAUGAGUGGAGUUUGAUAAGUCACCCUGAGGAUUAUCAAGGUGAAAUUGAACAAAAAUAUACGCAAACACUCAAUCUUUCUCAGUUGCCUGUAGGCUUCUAUUGCUUCAAAGUGACUGUUUCUGGCGAAAAUGCUUUUGGAGAAGGAUUUGUAAAUGUCACUGUUAAGCCAGCAAUGAGAAACAAUCAGCUUCCUGUAGCAAUCGCUUCUCCCCAAGUACAAGAGCUCUCCUCGUUCUCCACUUCAGCCGUCAUUGAUGGCAGUCAAAGUACAGAUGAUACUAAAAUCGUGAGCUACCACUGGGAAGAAAUUCAAGGACCCCAAAGAGAGCAGAAGGUAUCAGUUGAUUCUGCAGUCUUGCAGUUAUCUAAUCUUGUUCCUGGGAAUUAUACUUUCAGGUUAACAGUAAUAGAUUCAGAUGGAGCUGCAAACUCCACCAAUGCAAUACUAAUAGUCAACAAGCCUGUGGACUAUCCACCCUUUGCCAAUGCAGGACCAAAUCAGGUGAUAACUUUACCGAAGAACUUCAUCACCCUCAAUGGAAACCAGAGCAGCGAUGACCACCAAAUUAUCAGCUAUGAGUGGUCUUUGAGCCAACGUAGUAAAAGCAAAGAAGUAGUCAUGCAGGGAGAGAAGACGCCAUACCUUCAGUUGUCUGGUAUGAAAGAAGGAGAUUAUAUAUUUCAACUGACAAUCACAGAUUCAUUAAGACAGCAAUCCACUACUGAGGUCAACGUGAGGGUCCAGACUGAAAACAGUCCCCCUAUUGCUGUGAUUGGUCCAGACAAAGAGCUGAUAUUUCCUGUGGAAAGCAUGGUCCUCGAUGGAAGCAGAAGCACUGAUGAUCAGGGCAUCAUUUUUUAUCGCUGGGAAAAUAUCAGUGGCCCAAGUGCUGUGGUGAUUGAAAACAUUGAUCAACCUGUAGCCACAGUCACCGGACUGCAGGUCGGCACCUACCACUUCCGACUGACGGUGAAAGACAGCCAGGGCUUGAGCAGCAUGGCCACCCUCUCGGUGGCUGUCAGAGAGGAAAACAACAUUCCUCCCAGAGCUUGGGCUGGUGGCAGACAUAUUCUCGUACUUCCCAAUAACACCAUUACUUUGGAUGGUUCAAAGUCGACUGAUGACCGAGGAAUUGUGUCUUAUCUGUGGAUGCGGGACAGUCAGAGUCCAGCAGCUGGAGACAUAAUCUAUGACUCUGACCAUAGUGCAUCUCUGCAGCUCAUCAAUCUGGUGGAAGGAAUCUAUAUUUUCCACUUGAAAGUCACAGACCUCCAAGGAGAUUCCGACAUUGAUACUGCUACAGUGGAAGUACGGCCUGACCCUAAAAAGGGAGGCUUGGUAGAGCUGAUUUUGCAGGUGGAAGUUGGGCAACUGACCGAGCAACAGAAGGGCAUGCUUCUGAGGCAGCUGUCAGCGCUACUGAAUGUGCCAGAGUCUGAUAUCAAGAUACAGAGGAUCCAGGCUCAUUCUGAUAUCAGCACCGUGAUCACAUUCUAUAUGCAGGGUGGCCAGCCUCCCCGAGUCAUCCAGGGUGCUAAGGUGGCCCACACUUUGCGUGCUCAGCUCUUAAAGGAAAAGGAAGACUUCUUACUUUUUAAGGUCCUGCGAAUAGACACAGAAGUUUGCCAUUUGGAAUGUUCUGGCCAUGGCCACUGUGAUCCCAUUACGAAGAGCUGCAUCUGCUACCAGUUGUGGAUGGAAAACUUGAUCCAGCGCUACCUCAGUGAUGGAGAAAGCAACUGCGAAUGGAGUAUUUUCUAUGUGACCCUGCUGGCUUUGACUCUGAUCAUAAUAAUGAUGGUUUUCAUUUGGCUUUGCAUCUGCUGCUGCAAGAGACAGAAAAGGACUAAAAUAAGAAAAAAAACAAAAUACACCAUCCUGGAUAAUAUUGAUGACCAAGAAAGAGUGGAGCUAAGACCUAAAUUUGGAAUUAAACAUCGAAGCGUAGACCAGAACUCCAGUCUGAUGGUAUCGGAGUCGGAAUUUGAAAGUGACCAAGAUACGAUCUUUAGCCGAGAGGUUGGAAUGGACAAUUCAAAGAACUCUAUGUUUGGAUCCAUCAAAAAUGGAAUUACUUUCAGUUAUUGCUCCAAGGACAGAUAGUUAAGUUGUUUUCAAGUGGGAGGAAAUACUGAGUUGCCACAGAAGGAAUGAGUUGAGACUUCUACCUUUUUUUUUCCCCAAAAUCAAAAUCUUCUUAUAGAAUAGGAAACAGAGAAAAGUUUGUCCAUCAUAAUUCAGAGGUGGUUAGAACAGAAAAAAAGAUACUAGCACAUUUACCUUCUCCUACAUUGUGCUAAGUAAUAGAGUCCCAUGUUUUAAAGACUUCUUGGCUGAAGACUGACACCAAAAAUCACUACUUAGCUUGAUUAUUAAUGGAAAGAGGUAUAACAUUAAGUUUUAAGUUAUAUACAAUUUGUGCUUUACAUUUAGUUUUCCAUCAUUAAAAGAAGCUCUGUAUAAAGCUGGUACAAUAGUGUUUUAAGGCUUUAUAUAAAACAGCCCAUAUUUAAAUAAAGCUUACUUACUAUGUGAUUACAGGCUCCAUCUUCAGAAGUAGAGCUUUUUUAAGUUAAGUAAAAACAAGGAUUGUAAAGCAGACUUUCUCUCCCCCACGCCCCCCACCCAAUUUUGAGUUUUCCAAUAUGGUCUCAGGGUAGCUAGCACACACUAGAUUUGAUUGUCAUGCCAAAAGCAGACUGAGACAUUACCCUCUCGGAGAACUUCCAGGCCCUAUGUGGAAGCAACAUUCCUCCUGAUCCAACCACUUAUGUUUUUAUGUGCCCCUAAAUUAUUUUUGAGGUCUGGUUAAUAAUAGAAAUAAGGCAAAUGCUACUGAAUAGAGAUGAGGAAUGGAAAGGGAGAUGGAAUUUAAGGUCUUACUGAUUGGAAAUUAGAAUGUUGCAAUUUAGGGAGGAAAAGGUAUAGCUGUUUUAGAUCUUGAGACAAUUUCUGUUAUUCAUUCCCUAUAUAAUUUCUCCACUUUAACUGAGCCAUUUAAAAAAUCAUCUCAAAAAAGCUGCAGUUGCUCUAAUCGAAAAUACAUUCCUAAGUGUAUUUCUGAGGUAGGUUUUAAAAAACCAUCAAACACCUUUUGUUAGCCUAUACCACUCUAAAAUGUUUAAAUAUACUUUUAAAGGGAGAGAGUAGAACUAUGUAUUUUCUGAGUUUGGUUUUAGAGAAUUUGGUGGCUUACUGGAGGUAGAAGAAUGAUUAGGCUCUCUUGUCCAGUUUCCUCACCAUUUAGCACCAGAUUUUCUUAAAUGGCUUAUUUUGUGGCAAGUCAGUGAACUCCCUAACACAAAUGGUUUUAGAAGUGGAGUUAUUUUGGAAGGAGGGGUCAGAUUAUAGGACUAUUGACUUAGAGUUAUCCAAAAGAGAAAUGGGUUGCUUUGGGAUCCUCUUUGUAGGAACUGUUGUUAAGAUAUGGAUGAGUUGGAUCAGAUAACCUCAGAGACCCCUUUCCAAUACUAGGAUUCUGGGAUUGUGGACUUGGCUAUCUAAUGAUGUGCUUUAAAAUUUCAUACAAAAAGGGCCCUUAGGUAGCCCAAUGGAUAGAGAGCCAGGCCUGGAGUUGGGAGAACUUGAAUGCAGAUAUUUCCUAGCUAUAUGUCCUGGGUAAGUCACUUAACCCCAGUUGCCUAGCCUUUACCACAAUUCUGCCUUAGAAUCAGAAUUAGAAACUAAUACUUGGUAUUGAUUCUAUGACAGAAAGUAUGGGUUUGAGGGAAAAAAAAUCAUACAAAAUACCUUUUUGAGAGUCAUAGCUAAAAUUUCUUUGGGAAUAGGGGAAAAGGGGAAAACCACCUCAAAUAAUUUGAUCCUUGCCAACACCUACUUAUAUUGGAUUUAAUUGUAUUAAAUCAAGUUGACGGAAUCACUGUUCUGUUUUCACAUAAUUACCCACACUGAGGACAAAUUAUUAGGGUUGUCCCAGUUAGUAUUUUUUUUAAAGAACUAGGCUAGAGGGUUGGGCCCAUUACAAAUGAAAACCAUUUUGUAGGCUCAAGCAUGCCUGCAUUGUAAGGGGCACUGUAUUAAUAUCUCUUUACUGUACCAUGUGGGAAGGACUGGACCUGCCUUGGGUUAAUGAAAGCAUAAAUGUAGUAGUUAAACUAUCAGAGUUCAAGAGAGGAAAUGUCAUUAUAGCAGGCAGAUGAGAAAAAUAGGCCCGCAUCUUCUCUUUCUAAUAUUCAUGUGAACAGAAUAUUCCUAAUUGCUUUAUUUUGCUGUUGAAUGGGAGAGUAAUAAUGAGGCUGUAAUUGAAAACACAAGUCCCCAAUUGCACAUCUGCUUUUCAGAAAAAUUGCCAAUUAAAAAUCAGGCAGGAUCUGAUGGGAGCAUGUGCUGCUUCAGCCGCUUAGACUCAAUGCUGACCCCUAAGUAGGCGGGUAAAGCUAGAUUCAAAUUAAUUCAAUAAACAUUUAUUAAGUACUUACCAUGUCCAAGGCCCUGUGCUAAGCUCUGGGGAUAUAAAAGCAAAGCGUGAAAAAUCUGGUCCCCUGCCCUUUUGCUUAUCUCUACUAGAGGAUAAAAAAAAGUGAAAAACAAGGUAAGAUAUUUGGGGACAUACCUGGCAUAACAAGAAUGAAUCAAUAGGCUAUUGUGAAUGUGGGGAAACAGGAUACAAUGAAUGCUCUGUUACUAGUUAUGUUCAUUUCUAUGAUUGAAGAAAGAUGACUAUUGAGUUUAGAAGGAGAUUCUGAGCAGCUUACAAAUUUGCCUGCUACUAAGCCGCCAUCUUGGCACCCAAGAUGACUGUUGGGAAUUGGUAGACAAGGUCUGGUUGGAUAUUUCAUGGGAUGACCUUGAAAUCCUACUCCCAAAAUUGAAUUAAAAAAGCAUUAACUUAGAGGCAUUAACUAAGAGGCUAAGGAAGUUACAGUAGACAAUGAGCCCUCUCUCCUGUUGGAGGCUCUUUCCUUCUUUGCCACCCUCUCUUCCAUGUGCUCCAACUCCCUUCUUUGAAAUCAUCUCUGAUCUUAUUAACUGCAUCUGCUCCCUCUUUUUCUCCCUUCAUUCUGCCCCUGCCCUCCCCCCUCCCCCCCAUUUCUUUUACGUCUUUCCUUCUCAGGUAUCCAGCUUAGCUACCUUAUUUCAUCCUGGGAACCAAAAAAAAUACCACAUGAAUGGUCAGAUAGCAAGGAGCUUAACCACUCUAUUGCCAAUGUGUAAAUAUGUCUAUGUUGGUUCACAGAACAGUAGUCAAAAUGAUAAUUGAUCUCUAAAUAUGAAGUGGAAUGAUAUGUUGGAUAUUUUUUGUCCUUGUGUCAUUUACCCUACAGUUUCAUUGGCCAUUAAGAAUCUUUGGAAGGUAAAGACCUAAGAUUUUGGAUAAAUACUCUGGGAUGGCAGGGAUUAUGCACUGAACUGAACUCAUAGCAGAGUAGACUCUGAGGUUCUCCUAUGAAAAUCUUAGUUGUAAGUCCAGCUGUAACAAAGGAACAAUCAAUUUUCCAAUAUGUCUUUAUGCUGAUCAUAGCCCCCUCCCAUGGCUGGGAAUUUUGCAUGUACUGAAGGCUGAAACAACCCUGGUGUAUAAAAACAGAGAUGUGGGAAAGGGUUAUUAACCAAUAGGCCAAUGGUGUUGCUGCAGCAGAUAGAGCCUAAGAAGUACCCUUCCCCUUGAAUGUGAACCUGUUAUUAAGGAGUUUGUCCCAGGAAUAUUUGUAGGAAAAUGUGUUAUUUAUUUUAUGCAUUGACAUUGUACUGCAUCAUUUUAAAAACAUUAUCAAAUGUAUGUGCUCAUCUUAAUAAAACUGUUUUCCUCAUGUAA